AUGAAGACGCUGUGUGAAAAGAAUAGAGGUGUUGCUCCACUGAGGCCCGGGAUGAAGGUGAUGGGUAUUGGAGGUAAUGGAGUUGGGGAAUGGGGAGUGAAAGGAAAAAUGUGGUUACGGGUCAGAGGAGCAGAGGAGUGGUGGAGAGCCAAAAGGGCAGUGCGUGUGUCUGUGCGUGAAGGAGGAGCCAUUUUCCUUUUUUCUUUUUGGGAAUUGGAUUGCGAGCUACUGGUUCAAGAUUUGGAAAGACAAAACCAAGAACCGGUCUUGGACGGGAUUAAAGGCAUCACUGGUCAAUCGCUUUGGAGAGGGUUUCGGGGCACGGUGUACGAACAAUUAGCAACUUUACGUCAAGAAGGUUCGGUAGAGGAAUUCGCCAGGAAUUUUGAGGUAUUGCUGGGGCAGACGCAAGGAUUGACGGAGGAGUUGACACUAGGAUUUUUUUUGGCGGGAUUAAAGGAAGAGGUCAAGGGCCAAGUACGCAUCCAGGCCCCCAAGGAAUUGGAGGAGGCGAUCAGGGUUGCGAGAGAUGUGGAGGACGCGAUGAUACGAACGCGAGGAGGAGGUUGGAAUGUCGAUAAUCGGGGGAGAAUGGUUCGAAAUUUGCCCUAUCUGGAAUUCUUGAAAAGACGAGAGGAGGGACAAUGCUUCUGGUGCGGCGACCCCUUCACUCCAGGACACCGCUGCUCGGAGAAAGGUUUGAGAGUACUCUUGUUGGCAGAAGACGAGGAGGAUGUGGUUAUCGAAGGUGGAUCCCCGGAGGGGGAUUGCAUGGAACUGUCGGCGUGCUCGGCGAAAGGGAUGACGUCGCCGACAACCAUGAAGCUCGCGGGGAGAAUCGGAGAGAAGCCAGUGCUAAUUCUCAUUGAUAGGGGGGCCAGCCAUAAUUUCGUGAGCCGACGGGUGGCAGAGGAGAUGAGACUUCCGGUGACCGACACGACGCCAUAUGUGAUGAGUCUCGGGGACGGACAGCGGAGGAUGUCAAGAGGGCGUUGUGAGGGGGUACCGAUCAACAUGGGGGAAACUACGGUGGUGGCAGACCUUUACGUCUUCGAGCUAGGUGGAGUAGAUGUUGUACUGGGAAUUGCAUGGUUGGCAACGUUGGGAGAGCUGGAACAGCAGAGAGACGACACGUGUCCAGGAGAGCUCACGGGGGAACAGCAGACCAAAUUGAAGGCUGUGUUACAGACCCACUGCGAGGUAUUUCAAGAGCGAGAAGGCUUGCCUCCGAUAUGUGAUUUGGAGCAUCGGAUUGUCCUUAAAAAGGGUGAGGACCCCGUCAACGUGAGGCCAUACAAAUAUUCUUAUUUUAUGAAGGAGGAGAUAGAGACGCAAGUUGCGGAUAUGUUGAAGGUGGGGAUUAUUCGUCCCAACAGAAGCCCAUACUCCAGUCUAGUUAUCCUAGUGAAAAAGAAGAAUGGUAGCUGGCGAAUCUGCGUCGAUUACCGAGCACUUAACAAGGCAACUAUCCCCGAUCAGUACCCCAUUCCUGUGAUAGAGGAGUUGCUGGACGAACUGCAUGGCGCCAAAUACUUUUCUAAGAUAGAUUUGAAGGUCGGGCUCACCAACGCCCCAACAACUUUCCAGAACGCCAUGAACAACCUGCUACAGCCCUUCCUCAGGCGAUUUGUACUAGUUUUUUUCGAUGAUAUCCUCGUGUAUAGUCGGACAUGGGGAGAUCACCUCGAACAGCUGGGCUCGGUGUUGCAGUUACUGGGACAACAGGAAUGGGUAGCCAACCAAAGUAAAUGCGAGUUUGGGAAGCAACAAAUUGGCUACUUAGGACACAUAAUAUCUGAAAGAGGAGUGGAGAUGGACACGAAGAAGGUGCAGGCGGUGUUAGGGUGGGGAGAACCAAGGAAUUUAAAGGCUUUGAGGGGGUUUCUAGGCCUCACGGGUUAUUAUCGCCGAUUUGUGAAGGGAUAUGGGAGAAUGGCCAAACCUCUGACAUACUUGCUAAAAAAAGGGAGUUUUGAGUGGUCACCAGCAGCAUAG